AUGAAUGACAAAUCGCAGCCUUCCACUGCCUUCGCCUCGUCUACUACAUAUUCAUCAACAUUCAUCAAUCCCAUCGUCUCCAACAUCAAUCGCAACACCAACAUGGAGCGCAACAACCCAAUGGACAUUAAGAACACUUUGAUGUCUCCUCCUGAACCAAUUCCGCAGGACAGCUUCUCGCAAUCCCCGUCAAAUGCCAAGACGAAUGCUUAUUCGAUGUCGAAGGGCAAAUUUCAACACCCACUCUCGCCACCUGUAUCGCCAGCCUCGAGGAAUGGUCUCCCCGACGAUUUGAGUACCAUAACCGUGCGAGACCCCAUUCUCUUCCCAAAUUCACAGCAAAGUGCUUCCUCAUCGCAACCUCCUCUAUUCCCCGACGAUGAUGUACAACGAGUGGUGGAGGAACAUAUACUGGCGAGAGGGCCUCUUCGGUCAGCUCCGCUCAAGGAAGAAUAUGAGCUCGUUUACGGAAUCAAAUCACAGACGAUGAAACUCUUCGACAAGGACCCAAAACGCUGGCGACAGAGAGAACGCAUACUAUUGAGUGAGGAGGACGCGGCUAGGAAGUUGUUUCAACGAAGAUACGCCCCAAUCGCCCCUGCGUCUGGAAAGCCGUACAAGCCAAAACCUUCAGGACCUCGAAAUAGUGGAGGUGUUACAAAGCCUGUUCGACAACAAAAGCCAAAGCCUGUUCGUGAGCGGGGAAUGACUCCCGAUGGCCCUAGAAAGGCCAAGAGCGAUGACGAAGAUUUCAACGCUCUCCAAGAUCUCUGUCCACCUCUGACUAGCCUUCCAGCCAAGCACAAUUCACUCAAGAUUGACUGGAAGGGUCCACCAAAGGAUCUGAGUCACGAUCCUCACGUCGGACUUUUGCAUCCCGACGAAGUCCAGCUCGCCUCCACCCUUCGAUUGACCUGCGCAAUGUAUUUGACCUCGAAGCGCCGGAUUUUCUUGAGGAAACUUGAGACCAUCAGGAUUGGCAAGGAGUUUAGAAAGACCGAUGCUCAGCAGGCUUGUAAGAUCGACGUCAACAAAGCCAGUAAACUUUGGUCGGCAUUUCAGAAAGUGGGCUGGCUCGAGAAUGCUUGGGUUGAGCAAUGGUUGUGA